AAGUUUUACUUCUCCCUAGUGCAGGGGUGUUUGCCAGCAGCCUGCACUCUCAGAAGUCAGAUCCAGUGACUGAAGCCCUGAGAUCAGAGGCUUACCAUGCUGCUCCCUAGGAGGGCCAGGAACUGCUGACAUUACCACGGGUUGGCAACUCGUGUCCCUCAUCCAAAAGAAUGGACAAGCUUAAUAAGAUAACUGUCCCAGCCAGUCAGAAGCUGAGGCAACUUCAAAAGAUGGUCCAUGAUAUUAAGAACAAUGAAGGAGGAAUAAUGAACAAAAUAAAAAAGUUGAAAAUCAAAGCACCUCCAAGUGUUCCUCGAAGGGACUAUGCUUUAGAGAGUCCUGCUGACGAGGAGCAGUGGUCAGAUGACUUUGACAGCGACUAUGAAAAUCCAGAUGAGCACUCAGACUCAGAGAUGUACGUGAUGCCUGCAGAGGAGAAUGGGGAUGAUAGCUAUGAGCCGCCUCCAGCCGAGCAGGAAACGAGGACCAUCCAUCCUGCCCUGCCCUUCACCAGGGGCGAGUAUGUAGACAAUCGGUCUAGCCAGAGGCAGUCUCCACCCUUCAGCAAGUCGCUUCCCAGUAAGCCCAGCUGGCCUUCAGCAAAAGCAAGAUCRGCCUCCACGCUGCCGAUCCCAGCCUCCCUGCAGAAGCCUCAGAUCCCACCCAAACCUAAAGACCUCCUUGAGGAUGAGGCUGAUUAUGUUGUCCCUGUGGAAGAUAAUGAUGAAAACUAUAUUCAUCCAACAGAAAGCAGUUCACCUCCAUCUGAAAAAGCUCCUAUGGUGAACAGAUCAACCAAGCCAAGUAGCUCCUCCAAGCUGACCUCUCUUCCCGGAACAGCUUCAGGUCGGAACAGCGGGGUCUGGGAAUCCAAGUCACCUUCUUCACCAGCGGCACCAUCCCCACUGCCGAGGGUUGGGAAAAAACCAGCUACACCACUGAAGACGACUCCAGUUGCCUCUCAACAGAAUGCAUCAAGUGGUUGUGAAGAAAAGCCUGUACCUGCUGAACGCCACCGAGGGUCUAGUCACAGACAAGAAGCUGUGCAGUCACCAGUGUUUYCUCCUGCUCAGAAACCUGUCCAUCAAAAACCCAUACCUCUGCCAAGAUUUUCAGAAGGGGGAAGCCCAACGGUGGAUGGACCAUCUCUCAGCUUUUCAUCUAAUUCCACUUUUUCAGAACAGGAAGCUGACAUUCACGGUAAGCCAUGGUAUGCUGGUGCCUGCGAUCGCAAGUCGGCUGAAGAAGCGCUAUACAGAUCUAACAAGGAUGGAUCAUUUCUUAUUCGAAAAAGUUCUGGCCAUGAUUCCAAACAGCCAUAUACACUAGUUGUAUUCUUUAAUAAGCGAGUGUAUAAUAUUCCUGUGCGAUUUAUUGAAGCAACAAAACAAUAUGCUUUGGGCAGAAAGAAAAAUGGUGAAGAGUACUUUGGAAGUGUUGCUGAAAUCAUCAAGAAUCAUCAGCACAGUCCCCUGGUUCUUAUUGACAGUCAGAACAACACAAAAGAUUCCACAAGACUGAAAUAUGCAGUUAAAGUUUCAUGAAGAAAGGAGAAGAAGGUCAAUAUCUUUGCUUCAGACAUUUCCCUCAAGUUUCUCCUUUUGAGAAAAAGCACCAAAACUUCAUAUUUUGGAUUAUGAAUCAUGAGUAAUAAAAUAGAAGAUAAAGGCAGCUGUUGAGGUYGUCAUCCACUCCUUUAUAAGAUGCUCACACAUACUUGUGACCGCCUGUUGCCUGACCUGAGGAAAUAACACCUGGAGAGGAUGAGUUACCAUGCUACUAAUAUUCUCCRACUAAAU